AUGGUGACCUGCCAAGGCUGUGGAGAGCCUACUGCAUCCCGUCUCUGCUGCCCUAAGUGCACGGAGUGCGGUCGCACCUCCUUCUUCUGCUCACAAGACUGCUUUAAAGCCUCGUGGCCGUCUCACAGCAAGCUUCAUGCUGUAAUUCAGAGAGGAGCAUUCGCCGGAGGGAGCUUCGUGGGCGGAAGGGCGCUCCUUGGAAACUCCCUUGAGGGCCACCUCACCGAGAGCACUGCGGACGGCAGAGACUGGAACAGCGUGUCGAGCUCGUUGCCAGUUGUCCCUUCCCGCGUCUCUCGAGGCCUCAGCCUCAUUCAGGCCCGCGGGGUCGCCCGCAGCAAUAUUAGCACCAAAGCUGGCAGCAGCGGCACUCCGUCGAAAAAGACGCUGAGCAGCGGGCUACUGUGGUCUCGUCUAUUCGGCGGCAACAAGCCUGUGGAGAUUCCCCUUCACGUCAGGGGAGACAAGAGGGACAUGGCUGCGAAGGCGUGCCCGAGUGGUGCUGCUGCAGGAGACGCUUCAGGAUCUGGAGUUAUUUUGUCCCCUCGAGCUCCUCUGUUGCUUUUGCUGCUGCUGGGAGCUCUCCUGUGCUACAUCACGUUCGGCGGCCUGCUGUUUACGUUCACCGGAGGCCUUCUAGGAGGACCCCCGCUUUCUGCGCAGCAGCAGCGUGACACAGCUGCAGGCGCCACAGCAGAAGCACCCGCUGAUACGCCUACCCUGCAGGCUCUUGGGCAAGCUCUUGUGCAGCUGAGAGAACAGCUCUCAACAGUAGAAGGGGUGUUGAGGGAGCACGAUGCCCUUCUAGGGGCCUUGGCCCCCGUCCCCCCGCUCAGUGUUUCCUCCGCUGCUGCCGGAGCCUCGCGCUUCCAACGAGCUAAGGGGGGGGCCUUGGGAGACAGUGUGGCGAGCCAUGGGGUUGCUGUCGAUCCCGCAGGAGCUGCCCUUGAGGCUGGAGCAGCGAGGGCUCAGCCUCUCUUGCAGUUGCUGGAGAGAGCUCGAGAGGCAGCAGCAACACAGGGGGCCUCAACCCAAGCAGAGGCGCCUUCCUCUGUCUCCCCUUCGCUGAUGCAGAGGUCCUUUGCGGCCGAUGUGGCCAGUGAGGGAAGGCAUUCUCUUCCUGCAGUGUCGCAGCCUGCGAUAGCACAAGACUCCGCGACCACCCAAGGGACUGAUGGGUUCGAAACUUUGGAAAGUGCAUCACAGAAAGAGGAACCCCAUGCAGCGGAGAAGGCACAACAGGAGAUAACGGAGGCGCAGGAAACUUUCGAGCCAUCGUUCGGGGCAGGCGAGUCCGUGGAAGUAAACAAAGAAGACUCUCCGGUGUUAUCCGGCGCAACAGACGGAGGAAUGGCAAAAGGUAAUGCAGAAGGAGGGGGAGGAGCAGCACCUCUAAAGCCAAUCAAGCAAGCGUAA